AUGGCCGAUGCACCUCCAACUCGGACUGCAAGACCCGUCAAGUCCAUCCUCAAAAAGACCACUCCGUCCACCAUAAGCAAGCAAGAUUCGUUGUUUCCUGCAUCGAAGAAGGACAAACGUAGAAUAAAACACGAGCAGCUUAUCAACAAGGUCACCAAGUCUGCUACGAAGGCACCUCGACGGCGGCGACCGAACAAGAAACUGGUUGCUACACUCGACUCGCUAGCAGAUGCAUUACCUACCGAUGACGUCGAGACCGGGACGAGAGGUUCAGUAGGCGAGAGACCCGAAGACCAGGUCAACAUAAUAAAGCGGAAGAGUAUGAAAUCUCGUCCGGGGGCCAUGAAGAGAAGAGAAAAGCUUGAACAAAGUGAACGGGAUCGCUUUGCAAAGAAUAUGGCGCAGCUUGCGACUCCGCGGUCGACAAAUGAGCUCGACAAAGAAAAUACGUCCGUGGACGCUGCCCAAAACACGAAUGUACCCCCAACGAAUGCAAGAUGGGCUGCGCUUCGAGGGUUCAUCUCGCAAACUCUGGAGACCAAACCCGAGUUGAGGAAUUUGACGAGCUAA